AUGGUUAUGGAAUGUGUGUGUUGUGAUAGUCGUAUCGAGUCGAAAAAUCGUCGUCCAUUUUGUGGUAUAGCAUUACGUUCUUUUGUUUCGGCACGAAGAAACUUGUUUUUACCAGAAUCGGGAUUUAUAUGUAAUGCAUGUCGUAUGUGUUAUUACAAAUGGCGUAAUAAUUCUGAAUUUAUUGACGCCUUGGAUCAUAUUGAAAAAGAAUCAGGUGAAAGUAUAGUCAAAAAGGACGAUAAAACUGAUGAUGAGAAUAUGGAAUUGAUAAAUGAAACAUUAUCAAAUGAUUCAAUUCAUAAAAAUACCGUGACCUUACCAUUGAAUGUUACUAUUUCAUCCCAUCAACAAUGUUCUGUUUGUCGUGAAGCUUUGAAAUCAACAUAUUGUACUAUUUCUGAAAAAGAUCGAGAUCUUUUAUUUAUUAAAAAUAACAUAUUUAUUCCAAAAGGUAGUCGAUGUUGUCGAGAUCAUAUUGUGAAUGAACGUUUAUGUACUGGUGCAUUAAACGAAAUCCGUCCAUUUAAAGUUACCAGGACAGCUUUUGCUGCUACAGACGUCAUUACAGGGUUUACCAAAUUCCGAGAUCAUUAUAGCUCAGCUCGAUAUUGUGACUUCGAGCCUCCAUUUACAAUGUCGGAUAUUGAUUGCUAUAACUUAACUGGAAUAUCAAAAUCAAACUUUGAUGAUUUGUCUGGAUUGCUCGCCAAUUCCGAUAUGAAAAAUUCUUCUAAUAGGUCAAUUCGGAAUGCUACAGGACUCUUUUUGACAAAAAUUAGAUUAGGAUUAAGUAAUAAAGUUCUCACAACCAUUUUUCAAUUUUCAAAUGCUAAAGCUGUUUCACGGACUCUUGCAUCUGUUCGUCAAGCUAUGUUAUCAAACUUCGUACCUUGCUAUCUUGGCUUUAAUCACAUUUCUCGUGAAGACGUAAUUUAUAAUCAUUCUUCUCCACUUGCCACUCGGUUAUUAUCUGAAAAACCAAAUACAGUUGUACUUGCAAUCGAUGGUACAUACUUGUAUGUACAGGUAUGUAAUGGUUUAAAUAUGUUAUGA